AUGGAUCGUAAACUUUCUAUCAGGGCGAAGACAGCGGGUCAACUUGCGGAAGCUGUUUCUUGUUGGCUUCCUGUCACAGCCGGUGUCCCCCAAGGUACGAAGUUAGGUCCAAUCCUGUUCUUAAUUAUGGUCAAUGAUUUACAAUGCGGUUCGGGGAAGUCUAGCAAUUGGAAAUUCGUUGAUGAUGUUACUAUCUCUGAGGGAUUAUUAAGGAAUGGGGAACCGUCUGUAAUCCAGUCUGAUUUAACUUCUAUAGCUACAUGGGCAUCUAAUAACCUGAUGAAAUUGAACGCAAAGAAAUGCAAAGAGAUGCAAAUUUGUUUCUUUCGGAACAAAUCUGAACUACCACACUUGUGUUUUGAAGACCAGAUCUUAGAAUGUGUAUCGUCGCACAAGGUUCUUGGAUUGAUUAUCCAGGAUGACCUUAAGUGGAACGAACAUAUUUCGAUGAUUGUUACCAAAGCAUCCAAGCGACUGCAUAUCCUACGUGUCCUACGACGGGGAGGGAUUCCACCGCACGACCUUAUCACAAUUUAUUAUGCAUUGAUUAGAUCUACAUUAGAAUAUUGUUGUAUAGUAUGGCAUUGUGGUCUACCUAUGUAUCUGUCUGAAAAAGUCGAGAAAAUUCAAAAACGUGCACUGAGGAUUAUACUGCCAGGUCGAUCCUACGGUGAAGCGCAAGAAAUGUUGCAGUGUCUUAGGCUGGAUAUACGUCGAG